GUAAGUUUUCAAAGCAUUUGUUUCUAUUUGCUUUGUAAAUAUUAUUAUAAUAACCCAACCUGAACCUGUUUAUUCUUAUGCUUUUUUAUACUUUGAUAAACCAAAGAGCUUGGAAAAAAAAAUUAUGUCCAAGAAGCUUCAAAAAUCUCUCCAGGAUUACGUCUCCAAGAUCAAAAAAACUUCCCCAAAUAUUCAGUUCCUUCCUCCAAACUCACUCUCUUCUUCCAAGAAAUGGAUCCGAUGCAAACACACCAAAACCCUAUCUUUUGCAGUCAACCUUGCCGAAAAUCAUGGUCAUCAAGGGAACAGCGAUGAUAGUAAUGAUGUUGCGGCGACACUUGCUGAUGUUGAUCGUUUCCUCUUCGAGAAUUUCAAGUCACUGUAUAUUGAAGACUACGGCGAAAUUAAUGAAAAGAGAAGUGACGUUAGAUUAGAAGAUGAUGAAGUAAAAGGCACCCGUGGCAUCUUCCUUGAUUCUCCAAGGUUUAUUGAUCUUCCCUCUGAUCUUUGUGGCUCGAACAGGUUCUUUGUGUCGACGGGGUCGUCGGGUUCGCUUGUUGACGAGGCUCGCAGCAGUGCUGGGACCAAGUCAAUGUCUGAGGAGCUGGGUUCAACGUCAAAGUCGUCAGCUUCAAUCGAUAAUACUACCGCUGCCAACGGUUCUAACAGCAAUGGCACCAUCGGGGGUGAUGGGGUCACUGUCAAGUCACUGAGCAAUAUUCCGAAUGAGUGCAUCGCGGUGUUAACGUAUUCUCCAAACCCGUAUGAUGAUUUUCGACGUUCAAUGCAAGAUAUGGUGGAAAUGAGGCUGAAACAUAAUUCCGAUAUUGAUUGGGAUUUCAUGGAAGAGCUUGUGUUUUGUUACUUGAACUUGAACGACAAGAAGUGUUACAAAUUCAUUUUAAAUGCUUUUGUUGACCUGGUCGUGGAUUUGCGUCAACAUGAUAUAGAAGUUCCGAUGAAGGCUCGUAAUAAUGUACGAGAUCAUCAAAGAUCAAUGAGAACAAGGCACAACAUAAGGUAAGGAUAUAUAUAAAAUGUCAUGUGUUCAAGAAAUAUUGUUAAAAUUGUUAUUAUGUUUUUUUUUUUUUCUUUUCAAAUUAGUAAUUUGUGUUAUUGAUACAAACAUAUGAUUUCUAAGAAAGAAGGUUUUAAUUUGUUUAUAAUUUA